CGCGCUGAAAACAGCAAAAGUGAAGAAAGCUUGGGUUGACCGUGGGGUGUCAAGGGCUACGAACUAGGAAAUACGGAAUACGAAAUACUACUAAUAUAGCCUCUCCACAAACCUCAUUCUUACGAACUACGAAAGCUUUCCUCGGCGCAUGCUGAAUCCGCGAGAUCCUUCCCCAAUCCCCGAUGCCCGAGGCCCAAACGAAAAAGAAAAAUCCUACUCCUCUCUUUCCCCCUUCCUCCUUCAAAAGCCCAAAAUUAGGGUUUCGAAACCCCUAAACCUACCAUAUUUCCUCCAAAUCCUACCUCUUUUUCGUUGCUUUCUUCUUCAAUUGGAUUAGGGGUUUUAACUAAAAACAUAUUUACAAAUCUCCUGCACUUGUUUUUGUUCAUAAUUUCGAGCGUCAAUGGCGGAGCACUUGGCCUCAAUCUUCGGUACCGAGAAGGACCGCGUGAAUUGUCCCUUCUAUUUCAAGAUUGGAGCAUGCCGGCAUGGAGAUAGGUGCUCACGGCUCCACAACAGGCCGACAACAUCCCCAACCCUCCUGCUGUCGAACAUGUACCAGCGUCCGGACAUGAUCACCCCCGGAGUGGACCCACAGGGCCAGCCCAUCGACCCCCGCAAGAUCCAAGAGCACUUCGAGGACUUCUACGAGGAUAUCUUCGAGGAGCUGAGCAAGUUCGGUGAAAUCGAGAGCCUCAACGUCUGUGACAACCUUGCCGACCACAUGAUUGGGAACGUGUAUGUUCAGUUCAGGGAGGAGGACCAGGCGGCAGCCGCCCUCCAGGCACUUCAAGGAAGGUUCUACUCCGGUCGGCCUAUCAUUGCGGAUUUCUCCCCGGUCACUGAUUUCCGCGAGGCGACUUGUCGGCAAUUCGAGGAGAAUAGCUGUAACCGUGGGGGUUACUGUAAUUUUAUGCAUGUCAAGGUAAUUGGGAAGGAGCUGAGAAGGAAGCUUUUUGGGAGCUACCGCAGGUUCAGAGGGAGUCGGAGCAGGAGCAGGAGCGCCAGUCCACGCCACAGGCGUGAUAGGGAGUUUAGGGACCGCGACCGUGACCGCGACCGUGAUGAUCAUCGGGAUAGGAAUGGGCGAAGACCUGACAGGUACGACCGUGACAGUGGUGGCAGGAGAAAGCAUGGGAGUCCUAGGCGAAGUAGAAGCCCUCCACCUGCUAGGGAAGGGAGUGAGGAGCGGAGAGCCAGGAUUGAACAAUGGAAUCGAGAGAGGGAAGAGAAGGUGUAAGAAAGCUUGUUCGGUCAUGUUUUUAUCUAUAUUUUCAUUUCUUCCUUUUGGUAAUUAUCUCCAUUUCUAGAUUGAGAUCAUGUUUUUGUUAUGCAUCUGCAACCUGGAUUGAACUUAAGUCUUCAUUUUGAGCAAUGAGGGGGACCAUUUUUAGCUGUUACUAUGGUCUUGUUCUUGUAGUGUCAGUUUUAAAUGUAGUACUUGUAUCUCUGUUGAAUAGUUUUCUUUCUUUUGUUUGCUGGUUUAAGUUUCAUGGUACCUUCUUCUCACCUUUAUCUAGGAUUUGUGAGGUUUUCAUUCCUUCUUUCUCGUUGCAUUUUAACUUGUUAAUCGGUCUGAGGCUGUGGGUCUUAUACUGUAAAUGUGUUGUAGGCUGCUUUUGGUGGGAAAUGGCUGCCAGUGUGUUUGCACACUCUCACUGCUACUGCCAUUCUUGUAUUUCUUCAAAUUAAUUUCUGUUGCUAUGAAUUUAAUUUUUGCUAUGGAUUCAUCCAAGAAACCUUCUUAGGCAAAAUUCUAAAACUGUUUUCAUUUGUCUAAAUUUUUGUAGGAUUAUGCCACUGAUGGCCUUCACCUCUCCUAAAUAAGUUAUAUUAUAGGGAAACUUACUUUUUUUGGCCAUUUAUAAGUUGACUCUUUUGGGAAAUUGCAUUUUUUUUCUUGUGUUUCCUCUCAUUUAAUCCCUCCCUUUAUUGUCUUUUUCCUUCUCAAGAUUCAAUGGGAUGGCUUUUCAAUUUGUUUCUUGAGAUGAUUCACACCCAUAUUUGAGGCAAUCUCUGGAUUGAACUAUUUUGCUUUCUUUUAGUAAAUUUCUCCCAUGCAAAAAAUUCUUACCCUAGCAUUAUCUGGCAGCUCAUUGCUACCGUGUAAAAGCUCUAAUUAGUAAUUUGUUAUUCUUUUUCUUUAGAGGGAAAAGAAUUUCUUUUCUUUUAAAAACUUACACGAGAAUGAGAUAUGGUGUUACACACUUCUUGAACUGCUAAUUUGUUUAUUGAUAAAAUUUGAAGUUCAUCUUAUGUUCUUAAUAAUGUGUAGCUUCAUAAGGAGCAAGAGUGAUCUAAUAUCUUCAUUGUUCCUGUCCUCAGAGUUUCAGGAUCGGGAAUAUUUGGAAGCAAUUACUCUUAAUAUACAUGCGUACAUGUGCACAUUCUACUACAUUGUCACACAUGCACUCUAUUUUAUGGCUUAGAGUAGUGGUUCUUUAUUAUUCUUUACCAUACCAUUUUUUUUUUUUUAAUGAAGCAGUCUCUUCUCUUUCAGAUCUUGUUUCUCUUUCUAAACAGUGGGGCAUUCAGCUUAUGCUUAGGGAAUUUGGCCAUUUUUGCCCUUUGCUUGCAAAUAUUUUAGAAUCUAGCUUUCAUACUGCUAAGAGAUAAGUGUUGCAUUUAUAACUUUCAAUGGGUUAGAGAGGAAUGGUUGAAUUGAAUUUUAUUUAUUCUUUUUCUUUUCUUCCUUUUCCUUUUCUUGAAGAUGAUAUCAGCUUUUGCAACUCCAACAAUGUCUAAUUCAUGAAUCUGUGCCAGAUCAUUCUUAUAUCUGAAUGGUCUUUGCAUUUUUUAGUCCAGUUGAAAUGUUUUCACUGGGUUUCAAAAGGAGCAGCAGCUCCAAUUAAGAUGAAUAGACCAAUUCAGAAAUUUUCAUCGGAGAUACGUUCUAUCUGCAAAUCACAGAUAGAUUACUCAAUGAAAAGAUAAAAACGCAAUCGAGACAUGAUCUUGCAAAACAGAGAUUCAACAUUAUUUCAAUGAAAAGAACCAUUGUUGAAGUCUGAUUUUAUUCCAUUAAAAUCAUCAAGGAAGCGCAGAUAAGGAGAGUUUGCUUCAGCCAGCAGCUUAGCCAUGGCACUGCCAACAAUCACACCAACGGCUUCCCAUCCUGCCAUCCUGCUAUCUGUUCUGAUAUAUUAAUAAAGCAAGUA